AAAUAAAGCACCAUUUUUUAUUUCCCAGUGGUUCCAAGUUCAAAGCAUUGUGUGCAAGAGCAGCUCAACUUCUGUCUCUAUUUCUGUUCUCUCACACGGAAACGGAGGCAGCUCCGUAUUUCUGAAGAAGCAAUAUGCAGGCAAGUGAUAGGUUUAACAUCAAUUCCCAACUUGAGCAUCUCCAAGCUAAAUAUGUUGGAACUGGUCAUGCCGAUUUGAACAGAUUUGAGUGGGCGGUGAAUAUUCAGCGUGAUAGCUAUGCUUCAUAUAUCGGGCACUACCCUUUACUUGCAUACUUUGCUAUUGCUGAAAAUGAAUCCAUUGGGAGAGAACGCUACACCUUUAUGCAGAAAAUGCUCCUACCCUGUGGUCUCCCUCCAGAAAGAGAAGAAGAUUGAGAAUUUUCAUCUGGAUUACAAAGAGUAGAUCACAACAGUUUUAUCCUUUGAUAAUUCAUUGUACUGUGCUAUUCUGAUUGAAAACAUAUGGUUGUUGAUUAGAGGUUACUGAAUCAUCUUUCUCUAUCUUGUAGACGCUUAAGAUUUGGUUAUAAUGCAGCUUGGAAUAUUAGCUCGAGAUGUUCAGUUUAGCUUAUAUUUUAUGUUGGUUUAAAGGAUAGUCUCUAUAAAUUAUGAGCUUGUGUAUGUGCCGAGGUAGAUUUUCCUGCUUCAUGCCCCCAUUUUA